GUCAGAACUGACAGGUUUAUCCGCUUGAGACGAACGUUAAUAGUUGUUUUUUUAGGUAAACUGCCCGAACUAUAAUAUGAUUAAAAUGAUGAGAACUACCAUACAGCAUAAUCUCGUGAGCAGUUUCGCAAGAUUGUUGCGAGUGCAGUUCCGCAAGAUUGAAAAAUCCUGCGAUAUCUUUUCAAUCUUGAUUUAUUAAAGUCGAAACAGGGGGCACUGACACUGUGUCCGUUCAUGUCUAAACUCUAAUACAGGAUCUUCAAUGAAUCUGAGAUCGUGACCAAAUGCACUGAUCACAGACUAUCAAGAGUUAAGACAUCAAUCGCGCAAUGAAAGAUUCGCACGUACGUAACGACCACUUAAAGGAUCAGAAACGCUAUCAUUGUUUAUCCUUGAAUAUCCGCAUUCAAGUUUUUCCCGUGUGCCGCAGUAAUAGUAGGUCAUUAUUUUAACAAGAUCAAAGCAUUUUGUUUAAACACUUGUAUUAAUGAGAGCCAAAAGUCACGAAAAAGACGACUGCUACGGGGGUUACAGAAAAACGGAGAUCUGUACCAUGUAUUUGUGGUACCAUAGAAUAAUAAGAGAAGACUCGCGCAUGUCGUUGGGUAUGUUGUCCACCUCUUUCCAAGCCAGUUGAUGACAUGUUUGGCAAAUAAACAGGAGCGUAGCCAAGGGGAGGGGGGAGGAAGAGAAACCGUUUCCAAAACGUUGAAAUUUGGGUAGAAACUAGAAAUUGUUGUAGAGGAUAUCAACCUACGACGUAAGAUCACAUAACAGAUCAUAGCGGAAAUAUUUUGAAACAAAGGCAACGUGAGGAAUAUAUUUGCUUGUCGAAGUUCUGGUUUACAACAUUCUGAACUGGUCCCCAAGGCACCCUGACUUCAAGUGUGGUUUUAAUAAAAAUUUGUGUUCAAAGUCCAACCAAAAAUGGCGUACGCGGGUGAAACAGAUAAAAAGAUAAGGUCUCUUUCAGAGGCUGAUUUGCCAAUUGUUGAGCAAAGGCCAAAGGGAGAAAAGGAUAAAGGUGAAAGAUUAAAGAACAUGGAAUCAGCUGUAGUUUCCAUUCUAGAAGGUGUCGGUGAAGAUCCAACAAGAGAAGGUUUAUUAAAAACCCCUCGAAGAGCAGCUGAAGCAUUUAAUUUUUUUACGAAAGGUUAUGAAGAGACAUUAGAAGAAAUAAUCAAUGAAGCCGUAUUCAAUGAAGAUCAUGAUGAACUAGUCAUUGUUAAAGAUAUAAACAUGUUUUCAAUGUGCGAACAUCAUCUGGUACCUUUCAUAGGAAGGGUUGCUGUAGGCUAUAUUCCAGAUGGAAAAGUCUUAGGUUUAAGUAAAAUUGCAAGAAUAGUCGAAAUGUACAGUCGUCGACUGCAAGUGCAAGAACGACUAACAAAGCAAAUCGCCAUUGCCGUGGCUAAAGCCAUCAAUCCAACUGGAGUCGGUGUAAUUGUUGAAGCGGCUCACAUGUGUAUGGUAAUGCGAGGCGUCCAGAAACCAGGUAGCUCUACCGUCACAAGUUGUAUGAUAGGAGUUUUCAGAGACGAUCCAAAAACACGAGAAGAAUUUCUAAAGCUUUCAACAAGCAACUCCUCAUUGUUUUAGGAUCAAUGACGUAAUGUAAUCUAAUUUUAUGCCGCCAGACCAAAAGUUCUUUUCUUUGGACGAGGAGUUGGUAAAUAUUUUAAAACUACACGAAUCCUGUGAUGGUCGAAUAAUUUUACGUAAAUUAUCAACUUUCCUAUUUAUUAUGAAUUUGAACUGAUAAUCAAGUUAGAAUUAUUUAUGUUAGAUUUCAAAUAUACUUUAUUUAAAAGUUUUAC